AUGCUUUCCCGGGCGGCGAGACCAGCUCUGCGAGCUGCAGCUGCGGCUCCCUCGCGAGUUACGGCCAGCGCGCCCACCAACGCUGCCAACUUCGCGACCCUCCGUGAAAUCGAAGGCCGCCUCAAGUCCAUUCGCAACAUCGAGAAGAUCACCAAGACGAUGAAGAUUGUCGCCUCGACCAAGCUCAACCGCGCCCAGAAGGCCAUGUCCGACUCCCGCGUCUACGGUGCCACCUCCAACGAGGUCUUCAACUCCGCCGAGACCAAGCCCCUCGAGGUCGAGGCCAAGAGAGAGCUCAUCAUCAUCUGCUCCUCCGACAAGGGCCUCUGCGGUGGUAUUCACUCCGGUCUCUCCCGUACCAUCCGCCGCGAGUUCGCUGAGAAGAACGCCACCGCCGACCUCGUCAUCCUCGGCGAGAAGUGCAAGGCCCAGCUUCAGCGCACCAACUCCAAGGACAUCCGUCUCUCCUUCGCCGGCGUCGGCAAGGACGUCCCCACCUUUGCUGAUGCCUCUGCCAUCGCCGACCAGAUCGUUCAGCUCGCUGGCGACUACUCCUCCAUCAAGAUCCUACACAACAAGUUCAUCAACGCCACCAGCUACGAGCCUGUCACUAUUGAGGCAUUUUCCGAGGAGGCCAUCACCCAGUCCCCCAACUUCUCCGCCUUCGAGGUCGAUGAGGAGCUCAUCCCCAACCUCCGCGAGUACGCCCUUGCCAACUCCAUCUACUGGGCUCUGGCCGAGGGUCACGCCUGCGAGAUCUCUGCCCGUAGAAACGCCAUGGACAACGCCUCCAAGAACGCUGGUGAGAUGAUCAACAAGUACCAGAUUCUGUUCAACCGUACCCGUCAAGCCGUCAUUACCGGAGAGCUGGUUGAGAUUAUCACUGGUGCCACUGCCUCCGAGGACAUGUAA